AUGCAAAACGAUUUGCCGCUACAUUUGCGUGGAAGUUGUGCAUCGACCGAGAAUCGUCAAGAAGAGCUGGAACUCUUGGACUUAGCGGAUACUGUCCUUGCCGACAAUAAUUGGAGAUGGCUACACCAUCUACUGGACCUUGUUCACGAUAUUGCUACUCGACAACGAGGCAAAAUGUACUUCGCUCGCCUGUUCAAGUCUCAAAACGCAGCUGAGAUAGAAGUAGCGCUGUCCGAGAUGGAGACGUGGCGUCAAGAGCUUGGGGAUGAGAGUGCCCGACCACGCGAGCACGACCUCGCACGCGCUUUGUUCCUGUUGGGGUACGACAAGAGCUUGUCGUUAACUACAUUGUAG